UCUAUCGAGAAGCCAGAUCGUAAUAAGAAGCUUUGGUGCGGUGGAGCAGCAACUGACCCCGCCAACACAAGAAACACCUUUGUCUUUUCCACAGGUGCUACACUCUCCCGUGAAAGAGACAUUGACGGCCAUGCUUCACCCUCACCAGGAAAAAUAAUAUCAUCACACACCAUUCAUUACAGCCAGAAACGUCUCUGUUCUGUUCCAUUUCACACUCUCACUCCUUGUUUCUUCUCACUCUUUCUACUUCUGGAAAAUCUCAUUUUUAAUUAUUUAUAUAUUCACAAUUGAAGACUUGCCGUAUCAUAUCUUCUGGUUGAAGCAAAGCCAGAAGCUGAAGCUAUGGUGAAUCUGGGAUUGUUUUCUUCGAAUAAGUCUGUGAGUUCAGUGAAGGUAACCUUUCGGAUACCAUAUUUUACCCAAUGGGGUCAGAGCUUGCUGGUGUGUGGUUCUGUGCCAUUGCUUGGUUCUGGGAAUGUGAAGAAGGGUGUGUUGCUCAGUCCAUCUCCUCAAGGGUCUGAGCUCGUGUGGAGCGGAAGCAUCACAGUGCCAAGAGGGUUCCAAUGCCAGUAUAGCUAUUAUGUUGUAGAUGAUAACAAAAAUAUUCUGAGAUGGGAGAUGGGUAAGAAGCGCGAAUUGAACCUUCCUGAAGGUCUUCAGAAUGGUCAGGAGGUUGAGUUCCGUGAUCUUUGGCAGACUGGCUCAGAUGCUCUCCCUUUCAGAAGCGCUUUCAAAGAUGUUGUUUUUCGGCAAAGCUGGGAUUCGUGCAUCACAGGAGUCGAUCACACAAAUAUUGAACCAGAAGCUGAAUCAAUUGUCGUCCAAUUCAAAAUAUCCUGCCCAAAUAUUGAGAAAGACACAUCAUUAUGUGUGAUUGGUAGCAAUACAAAGUUGGGGCAGUGGAAAGUUGAAAAUGGACUAAAACUCAACUAUUUUGGUGAAUCUGUCUGGCUAGCUGAAUGUGUGAUGCAAAGGAGCGACUUUCCAAUAAGAUAUAGAUAUUGCAAAUAUGGCAGGUCUGGGAACUCCUCUAUAGAAGAUGGUCCGAAUCGAGAAGUCUCCAUUAACUCCUCAAGGAAUGAGGCAAAAUAUAUUUUUCUUUCAGAUGGCAUGAUGCGGGGAACACCUUGGCGUGGUGCUGGUGUAGCCAUUCCUAUGUUCUCUAUUAGGUCGGAAUCUGAUCUGGGAGUUGGAGAGUUUCUUGAUCUUAAAUUACUAGUUGACUGGGCGGUAGCAUCUGGAUUCCAUUUAGUUCAACUUUUACCAAUCAAUGAUACAUCUGUGCAUGGGAUGUGGUGGGAUUCUUAUCCAUACAGUUCUCUCUCAGUAUGUGCAUUGCAUCCAUUGUACCUGAGAGUCCAGGCACUUUCUGAGAAUAUACCAGAGGAGAUCAAGCAAGAGAUUGAGAAGGCAAAACAGCAACUGGAUGGGAAGGAUGUUGAUUAUGAAGCUACAAUGGCUACUAAACUCUCCAUUGCUAAGAAAGUUUUUGCUCAAGAGAAAGAUUUGAUUCUUAAUUCGAGUUCCUUUCUGGAGUUCUUCUCUGAGAAUGAGGGUUGGUUGAAACCCUAUGCUGCCUUCUGUUUCCUGCGGGACUUUUUUGAAACAUCAGAGCGCAGUCAAUGGGGUCGUUUUGCUCAUUAUUCCGAAGAUAAACUAGAGAAACUUGUAUCCAAGGAAAGUCUGCACUACGAGAUAAUUAGCUUCCAUUACUAUGUUCAAUACCAUCUACAUUUACAAUUAUCAGAAGCUGCAGAAUACGCAAGAAAGAAGGGAGUCAUUCUAAAGGGAGAUCUUCCUAUUGGAGUUGAUAGAAACAGUGUGGACACCUGGGUUAAUCCAAAUUUAUUCCGAAUGAACACUUCUACUGGUGCACCUCCUGAUUAUUUUGAUAAAAAUGGACAGAAUUGGGGCUUCCCUACUUAUAAUUGGGAAGAAAUGUCAAAAGACAACUAUGCUUGGUGGAGAGCUCGAUUGACACAGAUGGGAAAAUAUUUUACAGCUUACAGGAUUGAUCACAUAUUGGGAUUCUUCCGAAUUUGGGAACUUCCAGAGCAUGCCAUGACAGGUCUAGUUGGAAAAUUCCGACCAUCUAUUCCUCUAAGUCAGGAAGAACUUGAAAAAGAAGGAAUAUGGGACUUUAAUCGCCUGAGUCGGCCUUAUAUUAGGCAGGAAAUAUUACAGGAGAAAUUCGGAUCUGCUUGGACAUUUGUUGCAACAACUUUUCUGAAUGAAUAUGACAAGAACUGCUAUGAGUUCAAGGAGGAUAGCAACACAGAGAAAAAAAUUGCUUCCAAACUGAAAACUUGUUCAGAAAGUUCUCUUUUGUUGGAGAGUGAGGACAAAAUGCGGCGCAAUCUCUUUGAUCUUUUACAGAAUAUAGUUCUAAUCCAAGAUCCUGAGGAUCCAAGAAAGUUUUAUCCUCGUUUCAACCUUGAAGAUACCUCAAAUUUUCAGGCUUUGGAUGAUCACAGCAAGAAUGUUCUCAAAAGAUUAUACUAUGACUACUAUUUCCACCGUCAAGAGAAUCUUUGGAGGCAAAAUGCGUUGAAGACCCUGCCUGCACUUCUAAACUCAUCUGACAUGCUGGCCUGUGGGGAAGAUCUGGGCCUCAUUCCAUCUUGUGUGCAUCCUGUCAUGCAAGAACUGGGAUUAGUUGGUUUGCGCAUUCAGCGCAUGCCAAAUGAAUCUGAUCUAGAAUUUGGUAUUCCUUCUCGAUACAGCUACAUGACUGUGUGUGCCCCAUCAUGUCAUGACUGUUCCCCCAUGCGUGCUUGGUGGGAAGAAGAUGAAGAGAGAAGACAGCGGUUUUUCAAAGAUGUGGUGGAGUCUGAUGAGUUGGCUCCCGAUCAAUGUGUUCCAGAAGUUGCACAUUUUAUCAUAAGGCAACAUUUUGAAGCCCCAUCAAUGUGGGCAAUUUUCCCUCUUCAGGACUUGUUAGCAUUAAAAGAAGAGUACACAAAACGCCCCGCGGCGGAGGAGACGAUCAACGACCCUACAAAUCCAAAGCACUAUUGGAGAUACCGUGUGCAUGUAACUCUGGAGUCCUUGCUUAAGGAUAAUGAGCUCAAAACCAGCAUAAAGAAUCUUGUACGUUGGAGUGGAAGAUCAUUUCCUCAUGAGGAUUCUCAGGUAGAAGCUAGUCCGGUGUCGGCUUCAUCAGUAGCAGAAGCUGUCUCUGACAAGAAGAUUGCCGGUGCCGCCGACAAGAUCCGUCUUCCCUCUGAAUCUAAUGGAGUUCAACCAAGGGAUCAUGUGGCUGUCCGGUGAUUUUAUGCACACUACCUGCUAGAAUGAAGAAAACAAUAAGAGUUCGUCCAUGUUAUGGCUCUUGUAGUUCCCUCUGUUUCCAUGAUGUUUUCUAUAUAAAGAGAAUACAUAAAAUAUAAUUAUUUCUGUAUUCUAAGCAUAUAUAUAGGCCUAUUACUUUUGUCUAUUAUAAUAAAAUGAUCACUUUUCAUUUCCUACAA